CAAAGCUACAGACCACCGCUGCACAACAAUAUACUCAGAUAUCUUUCAAGCCUUGGACUUCAAUUCUGCCGUGUUCACCGUCUUCAUCUCAGUUCCACCACACAAAUGAUUGAUCAAUUCCAAUACAAUAUCGGUCUACCCGCAGAACAGUUGUCCAAUUACUGCCCAGGAGGCUACCAUCCAAUCCAUCUCGGCGAUACACUUGGCGACGGGAGAUACCGAAUUCUUCAUAAGCUUGGUUUCGGGGCAUUCUCCACUGUCUGGCUCGCUCUAGAUGAAGAGAACAAGAGACAUGUUUCUGUUAAAGUCGUGGUCGCAGAGCAGUCGCACGAGCACAACCGCGAGUUGAAAAUCUUGCAGACUAUCAAACAAAAAGGCGACCCUGCCCAUCCAGGCCAUAAACAUGUUUCGCAUCUUCUAAACUCGUUUUACCAAGAAGGUCCAAAUGGACGCCAUCUUUGUAUAGUCCUCGAGUUGUUAGGCCCUAAGAUAUCUUCAGUUGCGGAGACGCGGCCAAAUUACCGUCUCGAUGGUCGACUUGCUCGUCGAAUCUCCUCACAGCUCCUUGUUGCUGUAGAUUAUAUCCGUGGAUGCGGUGUGGCACACGGAGACAUACACAUGGGCAACGUGUUAUUUCGACUCUCUACUCUCAACGGAUUACCAACUAUGGACGACCCUCGAGUAGGGAAGGUUUCGAAGAAGGACGGGUCACCUAACGAAAAGGGUGUUCCAGACUACCUAAUAGAGCCUGCGGAGUACGGAUAUGGCAAAGGCGAGCUUCUUGACGAGGUCCAACUGGUCGAUUUCGGCGAAUCAUUCUUCGUCUCCAAUCCGCCCAAGUCAAUAAAUACACCCAUGCCCCUCCACCCGCCAGAACUAGUUUUCCGGCGCCCACUUACCGAAGCGGUUGACAUCUGGAAUCUUGGAUGCACGACAUAUGAGCUUGUCACCGGGCGCACGCCACUCGAGGCAUUCAUGAAUGAUCGCGAGUUAAUACCACAAAUGCAGAAGGUGCUCGGUGGUGUUCCUGAGCAAUGGAUCCAAGAAGGCCUGGAAACCGGCGUUCUUACGAAGAAACCAGAUGAAUCCACCGCGAAAAACUUUUUUGCCCUUGAGGAGCAAAUGCAGGAGGCGUACGCCAAUGGCUACGAUAAAGAGACACUUGAUCUUAAUGAGAAGGACCUUGAAGCACUGGGAAGCUAUCUCUGCAGGAUGUGUGUCGUCGAACCUGACAAACGAGCUACAAUGACGGAAUUGAUGUCACAUCCAUGGAUCAAGAUCACUGAAAGAAUCAGAGAUGAAUAAUUAAGGAGAAUUAAGGCAUCUAGAAGCACUUUCAUUAGAAUUCCUUUUACACCCCCCUUGAAUAUUCGGCCUAUUACGAGAUUUAUAUCUCAAUGCCCAGCUCUAUGUGAUCUGGUGUAGCUAUUUCACAAUGGUUAGCAGAAGACAUAAGAUGGUAUCACUUGACUGAGCAGGAAUUCAGUUUAUUGGCUUG